AUGGAAUCGAACAUCAGCGACGAUCGGGCAGCACAAGAAGCCGCCGCCAGGGAUUAUCAGCCCCAGAUCCAAGGUCCUCUUGUCGGCGAAAAGACACCAAGCCACAUCAUCACUGAGGAAUACGCUAAGGCCGAUCCCGUAUAUGUGCAAAAGACCGUCGCUCUUCCUCAAUCAUACUCUCAUUACCGACCCAUUCGGGGCGAUGGCAACUGCGGAUGGCGAGCAAUUGCCUUCUCGUACUUUGAGGCCCUUAUCCGCACCGGCGACAGGGACCUUGUGGAUGCGGAAUACAUCCGUCUCACGCAGGCUCCGAUUAUUGGUCAUGAUGAGUUCGUCUAUGAAGACAUGAGGGAGGAGACCGGGAUACUCAUGAAGGAGAUAUCCUCGAGGAUCGGUAACCAACAGGAGGCCAUGGCCGUCCUUCUAGAAAAAUUCAAUGACCCGGAGAUCGCCAGCCCGAUACUUUACUACCUACGACUGCUCGCAAGUUCGUGGCUCAAGGGAGACAGCCGCGCCGCCGAACUUAUUGACUUCAUCCCCGAUGGCCUCGGAGUCCAGGGCUACUCCCAGGACUACAUCGAGCUCCCUGGUCGGGAGAUUGAGCAUCUUGGAAUUGUCAUCCUCUCCAACGUCUUGCUAAAGCCGGUGGGAUUCGUGCUCGAGAUAGCCUAUCUCGAUCGGACCCCUAGCCCGACCGUGAACACGUACCGCUUCCCCGAUGAAGCCAACAACCAAGAUCUCUCCACUCUCGGCCCCAUCAUCCACCUUCUAUUCCGCCCGGACCAUUACGAUAUCCUCUACCGGGAUCCUCCUACUAGCCCCCUCGACAUCCAAGUCAACCGCGCCAGCUCCUUCUCCCACCGCCACGAGAUCACGAGUAAUACGCCGAGCUUGGAUAGCUUUGCUGGCGUUGAUCUCGGACCGUUAGCACUAAUACCCGGUUUCACUGGUCUCGGGCCGGGUCUGUCCAGUUUAGCAGUCACUAGCACGUCGCCGCUCGACUCGUACACAUCCAGCGCGUCGCAAUCCUGGCUCACGCCACAAUUCUCGGGCACUGGCACCGUCUCGCUACCAGAACGGCCACCACCACCAUCCAUGAACCCGGCGCCCCCGCGGAGCAGCACACCACCUCUCCGAUUCAGCGAAUACUGCCACCCCUCUUUCGUGGAGAGUGAUGCAUGGCACGAACCUACCUUCACCACCAACACCUUCAAGAACAGCCACUUCAACGUCGCCCACUACAACAACCCGAACUUCCAACCCGAGGAAUAUAGGCCGGACAGUGACGACGCUGCUGAGGCAAGAGGGGGUGGGCGGAAGAAGAGUAAUGCCUAG